AUUUUACCUCCCAAGAGCACGGACGUAAUUACCGCCACGUAUUCCAUCAUUUUUAUGGGAAUGUAAAUUUAUUUUAUGGGUUUUGAGGUUUAGUUAUUUAUUGCACAUAAGAGUACUGAUAUAUUGCGUGGAAAUAAAUUUUUUUUGACCGUUAAAAUGCUGGAUAAACAGAUUGAUUGUGAGCAUGUUGGAUGCGCGUCGGGAGACGACUUUAUGAGGGGUGUUAAAAGGUUAUCAGUUAAAUUAACCGAAGCUGUGACUAAAAAACCUAAAGAACGUAAAGGAUGGGCCAAUAAAGCGGAAUUUGUUUUAUCGUGUAUGGGAUACGCGAUCGGUAUUGGAAAUGUCUGGCGAUUUCCAUUUUUAGUUUAUAAAAAUGGGGGUGGUAAGUACCGUUCAAUUGAUAAAAUAAAUAUUUAUUUAUAUAAAAAUGUUGAGUUUGUAUUGUAAAUAAUUGAUAAAAUA